UUGGGAUCACGAAGAAGGCGCAACUCAAUAGGCUUGUUCUCUUCGUUUAGGGAUUAAGCUGUUGAGAACGUGAUUAUACCAUCGUGGAGAAGAUAUCCGGUUCAGAACCGGAUGCUGUGCCUGGAAGUCCAUUCGUUCCUGGUGAAUGGUGAAGCCUGUUUUGGACGUGCUGAAUCUCUGUGUUGCAGCUAUGGCGAUGCCCGUCGUCUUUGGCUGCAGGGGAGCCCUUCUUGCGUUCGCCUGUGAUGAGGGAAAAUCUUGGACUAUGCCUACCGGCGCGCUCGCCUCCUCUCCUCAGCGCCUCAAUUUGGGGAAGAAUUCUUGGAGAAUUUCAUGUGCUAGGGAAGAUUGUGCCAGUGAGUGGCGACGAGAGAGUGCGGAGCUGCGAGUAGAAAUGCAGGAGCUUCGGGUUGUCUUAGCUGAUGCGUGGAUGCGAGAUGAGAUGAUGUUCACAGAAUUGGAGAAGCUGGUUUCAGUGCUUGUAGGCUUGCAAACGCGAAGUAGUGAGAAGGUAGGAAAUGAGGAGCAAUCAAGUGUGGCUCGUGAUUGUGAAUCUUCGGUGGGAGAUGCCGUGAGCGGGGGGAUUGGAGUUGGACUGACUGAGGAUGUCAAGCCUGAUUUGGAAGAGCUUAACCACAACCAAAGUAUAUUGUCUGGAGUUCGAAGUGAAGAGCUUCAACCCCAACAAGGAGGUCUCAGCACCUUGCGGCGCUUGAAGACGUUGAAUGUGCACGAAUAUGUCCACAAUGCUCUAAAAGCGAGCCAUCUUCGGUCCUGGCUCCAGAGCCGAGGAAUAGCAGAAUAAUUUUCUCAUCAGAGAUGUAAUUGCGAUCUCUCUCAAAAUGUCAAUUCCUUUCAUAGGCACGUUGAUGUUCUCUCUGAAUUAGGACUCAUAAUCUGUGACGGUUUCGCUGCAUACUUAUCCAGAAAGUAACCUGACGUGGAGCAUCUCGCGGCAAUCCUAUCUAUGGAUCCAUCACCACGAUAUAAAUUUUGAAUUUCGUAACGGAGAAUCAGAACAGUCAAUUGAAGUCGAUAACCUGCAAGUCGAGUCUCUUGUGUGCUAUGAGUGAAGCUUUUCUCUGCGUGCUGUUUUAGUUUUCCAAAAUCCUCUACAUGAUGGUUCACCACCAUCACCAACCAUGACGAGAGAACCCCUUUGUUCUAUGUUCUAUCUCAGGAUUCAGUCUCUUGAACUCGUUCUGCGCUACAGAUUUGGAGGGAAAUAAAGUUUCUGCAACUUCGAGAGGCGAUUGAAGUCUAGCACUGUAGAAUCAUAUAGUUAACCAAGGACAUGUGCUGCUUUUUCGCAGCAGACAAAAAGCAAUGCACUUGUCUAGUUUCAGCAGUUUAAAUUCUGGACUCUGGUGCUGCCAGUACGAUGACACAGUUGGCAUUGAGGUCGUUUCAUCUGACUGUUUUUUGGACACCGGCAUCACUGUGUAUAUGACCACUUCAAUGUAAUUUUUCUGGUCAAUA